AUGCCACGAAAUUUACAAAUUAAAUUAAAGGCAGAGGCGACACCGCUAGGCCAUCGCGACCCGCGACCACCUGAAGCCCGGCCACGGAUCCGGCAAAUACAGGCCGGGACAUGGCCAAUACGGAUCGUGGGACCACCGCCACGAGUACAGCCACCAGCCCGCCAGCAGCCAAGCAGGGGGGAGGAGCUGAUGGAGGCCACCGAACCACCACUACCCGUUCCAAGCCCGCCACCGGCAACCAGCCAGCCGCCACCAGGCCGAACACGGGUGGCACACCAGACUAGCCAAGCCCGGCUGCCACAGCCGUCCGAACGAAAGGCCACCAGGCCAACACAGCGGACAGCGGCGAGGACCACAACAGCAGUACCGCCGCCCGCAGCAGUACCGCCGCCCGCAGCAGCUAUACCGCCGCCUGCAGCGGCCAUACCGCCGCCCGCAGUGGCCACAACGCCACCUGUAGCGGCCAUACCGCCGCCCGUAGUGGCCACGCCGCCACCCGCAGCAGCCGUGCCGCCGUACGCAGCGGCCACACUACCCCCACCAGCACAACCGGCCUGGACGCCACCACUGCCGAUAUCCGGCCUCCACGGUACCCCGCGACACCGAGCAGGCACCAGCAGACCCGGGAGAGGCCAACCAACCCGGGGCAUCACACCAACAGGGCCAACCACAACCAGGCCCACCCGACGGGGCACUGAGGCCCCGUACACCAUCACACCAGGACGAGCCGACGAGGCCGUCCUAAGGCUAAACAGCCUGUCUAGAAGGAGGCCCGUCCACCUCACCCUGGGGAACGGGACGACCGUCGCAGUGCUGCGACUGCGAACGGACCAUAUCCGCAUCCGGGUCCGCCAGCAGGCAGGGUCGGCGCUAGGGACCGCACCGCCACCCGGACCCACGGACCAUGCCCCACCAGCGCCAGACAACACCCCUUAG